AUGGAACCUGUUCGAUUCAAGCCUAAUAUCAUUGUGAGUGGGACACCUGGGUGUGGGAAAUCAACCACAUGCGAGCUUUUGUCUAGAAGAUUACCAGAAUACACUUACUACAACAUCAGCGAUUUUGCUAAAGAACAUGACUGUUAUGAUGGGUACGACGAUGCGCGUAAAUCUAACAUAGUCGAUGAUGAUAAGUUACUCGAUGAACUUGAGCCUUUGCUAAGGAAAGGUGGAUGUAUAAUAGACUGGCACGUCAAUGAUGUUUUCCCAGAGAGAUUAGUAGAUCUAGUAGUGGUAUUGAGAUGUGACAACGGUAUACUUUACGAUAGAUUAAACAAGAGAGGCUACCACAAUGCCAAGAUUGAGGAGAACAUGGAUGCAGAAAUUAUGGGUGUGGUGUUGCAGGAUGCGCAUGAUAGUUAUGCUCAAGAGAUUGUUGUUGAAUUGCAAAGUGACACAACUGAAGAGAUGGACAAAAACGUCGAUCGUAUCAUUGCAUGGCAAGAGAUUUGGUUAAAACAGCACAAAAAGGGUGUAACAAACGAAUUGGACGAUGGUGUAGCUGACGAAGCUGUCGAAGAGGACGAAGAGGACGAAGAGGACGAUCACGAUGAGCCAUCUACUUCAGAAGAAUAA